AUGGGGAGUUGUCACUCGUGCGAUGCCGCGGCGGCGGUUGCGCCCGCCAACGCUACGACAGCGAUUGUAGUGGUUCUCCCCGACGGCGGCCUCCGCGAGUACCAGCGGCCGGUGACGGCGGGCGGCGUUCUCGGCAAGGACGGCGUGCGGUUCUUCCUGUGCGACGCGGAUGACAUGGAGAUCGAGGCGUCGGCGCCGGAGGUGCGCGCGGCGGAGGAGCUGAGACUGGGGCAGCUCUACUUCGUGCUCCCGCGGGCGACGCUGAGGCGUCCGCUCCAGGCGGAGGACCUCGCGGCGCUGGCGGUGAAGGCGAGCGAGUCGCUGGCGCGGCGGUGCGGCAAAGGGGAAGAAGUAGCGGCGUCGCCGGCGCUACCGGCGGUGGAAACCGGCGGAGGGAAGAGGAGGGGAGGGCGUGGUAGAGGGCGGAGUAGGUUCGUGCCGGACCUGAGCGCCGUUCCGGAGUAA